ACGUGUGUUUAAUUUUAUUACGACUAUAAUGCAGGACAAUAGGCGGAAUUUUAUACUCAUUCCUUCAGAAAUUUGAAUAAUCGAAUUAAAGGAACUUGAAUCCCUCUGAAGGUUAAAGGUGCGCACCUGUGAACGAGAGGAAAUGUCAUAGCAUAAUAAGACAUGAAAUUUGAGUGUUAUCACUUAUCUACCAGCGUGAUAAUGGAUUCGAAAUCAUUAUUAAUUGGAAUAAUGAAUAUUUCUGAAGCCUGGGAAUCAUGAUUAAUUUAACAGCAGAAGAAAAAUUUGGUCUAAUCACAAGAAAUCUUUCUGAGUGGCUUGGUGAAGACAGACUGAAAGCAAUUCUUCAGGAGAGAGACUUGAAGAUUUAUUGGGGCACAGCAACAACAGGAAAACCUCACAUUGCUUAUUUCACUCCUGUUAGUAAAAUAGCAGAUUUCCUCCAAGCAGGUGCAAGCGUUACAAUUCUUUUUGCUGAUCUUCAUGCCUAUUUGGACAAUAUGAAAGCUCCUUGGGAUCUCCUAACUCUUAGAGUUCAAUAUUACGAAGCCGUCAUCAAAUCCAUGCUUAAAUCAAUUGGCGUUCCGCUGGAUAAACUCAAGUUUGUCAAAGGAACUGAUUAUCAACUUUCAAAAGAAUAUACCCUGGACAUGUACCGCUUGAGUUCCGUAGUAACGGAGCACGAUGCAAAAAAAGCAGGUGCUGAAGUAGUAAAACAAGUUGCAAGUCCCUUGAUGUCCGGUCUCCUCUACCCAGGACUCCAGGCUUUGGACGAGCAGUAUCUUGGUGUGGAUGCUCAAUUUGGGGGGGUUGACCAGCGAAAGAUAUUUACUUUUGCAGAAAAAUAUUUACCGAUUCUCGGUUACGAGAAACGUAUACAUCUAAUGAACCCUAUGAUUCCUGGAUUGGCUGGGGCAAAAAUGUCAUCAUCUGAAGAAGAAUCUAAAAUCGAUCUUUUGGAUGACGCAGCAGCAGUGAAGAAAAAGUUGAAGAAGGCUUUUUGUGAACCAGGCAAUAUCGUUGAAAACGGAAUUCUCGCAUUUUCUAAACACGUUAUAUUUCCGCUAAUGAAAGAGGGCGAGUUGUACAAUGUGCCAAGAAGCGCAGAAUUCGGAGGAGAUGUAACUUAUGAAAAUUACGAACAGCUCGAAGCAGCUUUUGCGAAGGAAGAAAUUCAUCCUGGAGAUUUGAAAGCUGCUGUAGAAUUUUAUAUUAAUCGAUUGCUAGAUCCAAUUCGCAAAGAAUUUUCAUCUGAUCAGAAGCUCAAAAGUUUGAGCGCCAAGGCCUACCCGGCACCUUCAAAAAGUAAGUGGUCAAAUUUGAAGCCUGUUGACCUAUUUUGUUCCAUGUUCUCACACUAUCGUUAUUUUGAUUUCACAGACAAACAACAAGCCCCUGCGAACGUGGAAGUCGAUCCGUCGAGACUCGACAUCCGUGUAGGAAAAAUCGUUGAGGUCUCUAAACAUCCUGAUGCCGAUAGUCUGUAUGUCGAGAAAAUCGAUCUUGGUGAAGAGAACGGCCCCCGUACGAUCGUUAGUGGUCUCGUAAAUUUCGUUCCUAUUGAUCAAAUGCAAGAUCGAAUGGUUGUCGUCUUGGCUAAUCUGAAACCGGCAAACUUGCGAGGUGUCGCUUCCCAUGGCAUGGUUCUUUGCGCGUCUAUCGAUGAGCCAGAGAAACGCGUUGAACCUCUGAGACCACCCGCGGACAGUAUACCUGGAGAACGUGUUUUUGUAGAAGGUUAUGAGACUGGAACCCCAGAUGCUGUUUUGAACCCAAAGAAAAAAGUGUGGGAAAAAUUAGCGGUGGAUUUUCUCGUCAAUGCAAAAGGUGAUGCAGCCUGGAGCGGAAAUGUUCUUGUCACUAAAUCUGGUGGCAAUUUAACAGCUGAUACUCUGAAGAACGUUCCAAUCAAAUAAUUGCAGCACUUUAUAAACUAACGCUCCUUUGGAAAAUAAAAACUCCUCAUCUUUUA